AUGGAGACCCGUGCAAAUCGACAAUCGUCUCUCCCUCAGUCCAGUGCCCGCCGGCUCGCUCGGAAGCGCAAGCGAUACGUGUUUCAAGCCUGCGAGCGGUGUAAACAGCAAAAGAUUCGAUGCAAUGGCAAGAAACCGUGCGAUAGAUGCGAAAAAAGGCGACCGGAAGAAUGUGUCUAUAAAUUGCGGGACUCUCUUAUAACGGAAUUAAACAACGUUGGUGCUGUUUAUACCAACAAUGGCGAAGUAGAGAUUCCGGCCGGGGCAUCCAGUCACAGGGAACCUCCUCCUACUUGGGAUGCUGCCUCGGCUUUGGAUUUAGCAAAGAUAAUUCAAGCUCAGUCAGAAAAACUCGAUUUGCUCCUCCAGAGGACCGAGGGCAACAGCAAUGGACUCAAUAAGAGACUCGCCGGAGAGCCUGAGGAGCAUAUCCCUAUUAACGCUGAACAAUACUCCGCGGCCAUGUCUUACAAGCACGUACUUCCAUUUUUCCGUGGUCCUUCCGGCAUGACCUUUUAUAUGUCUGCAGUAGGGAUGAUAGGCAGCGGAAUAGACAGCACGGACCGAGAGACAUAUUCGACACUGGAUGGAGAGAUUAUUGUCGAAAGUAGUUGCGAAAAUAUCCAGAACGAUUCAUAUGAUCGGGACAUUGAUGAUUUCUCGAUACCAGCGACGGCAAAGCCCCUACAUGGAUUGCCCUUCAGCACAUUGGAGGAGAUAGAUGGAGAAAUGGCGGUCCAUCUUGUACACCUUUACGACACUUUCGUGGGCGUAACGCAUCCUAUCCUACCAAUUGGUGUUUUGAUGCGGCAUGUGAGGAAACUCUACCCUGCUCUGGCAGCAGAAUCGCAUUCAUCCGUUCAAGAUAUCUUGGCGGCUCAAAUGGGUCGCAGUGACCUCAACAUCAUCAAGAUGGUGUUUGGUAUUGCCUUGGUUAUACAAGACAGUAGUCAUGAGGCCGCAGCCGCAAAGUUCCAUGCAAGCAUACAACGCGAUGUAGACAACACAAUAUGGGCGGCCACUGCAGAAAUUGGCGACUUACAAGUACUGAUAUUAGUUAGUAUAUAUCAUUCAAUCAAGGGCAACUCGAGACUUGCUUGGCGUAUUGUUGGCAAUCUCACUCGUCUGAUCCUGGAAUUUGGGCUGCAUAAAGGCAAAGUGCUUAUGAGCAUGUUUAAGGAGCCAAGUUCGUAUAAACUGGCAGUAAACAUGUUCUGGACGGCCUUUGUUCUCGAUUGCCAGCUCAGCUAUUCCUUGGGGCUACCGAGACAUAUUCAAGAUAAAGAUAUUGACAAUAGCAUUCCGUUGCCGGGCGAUUCCCCUUAUUUACUAGCCAUGAUCGAUUACUGUCGUCUAGGUUCUAGAAUCUGCGAAUCCAUCUCCAAUGUCUUUGGCGGCUCAUCUCAUUACGCGCAAGAAUGGCGAGAAUCAUUCGAUUUCUUUCAAGAUCAUCUCAGCCAAUGGCAAGAGAAACAUGUUCCAAAAGUACUGGAUCCUAAUAUCGAGGAACCCGAUGCUAAAAAGAUCCGUCAUUUCCAAACACUGCUCUACUUGAGGGCCAAUCAGCUACGCCUCGUACUAAUUCGUCCGGCACUUUACUCGUUCCAACUGCAAGAGGCUACCAACUCGGACCUGUGGGCGACAACUGUCAACAUCGCCUGCGACAGUUUUCAGAUCUUGCUGGACUUGUUUGGCGGGACCGACAUAUACAAAAUGCAGCAAACGCAGUACAACUACUUCCUCAUCACGGCGCUUGGGGCCGUGUUGGGCGUCUUGGCUCAAGAGAAAUCAGCUCUCAAUGCGGGCAAGGUUGAUGGUGCUACCCUCGCCAAGGCCCGUGAAUUCGUUACGGCCUCAUUGGAUCUCCUCAAGUUGACCGCUAUAUCUUCAAAGACAUCAGAGCAUCAAUAUGCAAAGGUCAUGUCCCUCUGUCGUCGACUUGGCCUCCUGACGCCUUCCGGUACUCCCAAUCCGCUCUUAGACAGCUUUGACGUUGGCUUAUUUCAGGAAAUCAAUGGCGAUGCUGAUUUUUCUCAUUUUCUGUUACCAGAAUAUCAGCUGGGGCCCAUGUGGGCUGAUCUAGAUUUUGCUUAG